AUGUGAAGUGUGAACAACUCAUUGCCUGCUCAUUCUAGAUUCUUCGGCUCAGAUGGUACAUUUGUAUAAUCCAUGACAGCUAAAUUGCCUUGACUCGGCUCAGCUUGUACGACUCGUGUUCUUGAACCCAAAAAGGCACAUCCUUACUCUCUCUCAAAGGCAUUCCUCGAAACCUAAGCCAAUCCAUCGACGAUUUCAAACUCUAUUCAACACACUCGCCGCUCGCAUCUUCAACUCUCGAAAUUCAGGUUUCCUGCACCUAGAAGGAAUUUGUGUCUGAGCUUUAUUGGCUGAAAUAUUAUGGCGGAUCAGCAUCUCAGUGAGGGUCCUAGUACAAGCAAUGUUUCUGGGGAAAGUUCGGAUUCAAUGGUAGAGAUCAAUAUCAAGACAUUAGAUUCGCAGAUUUAUAGUUUUCAGGUGGACAAAAAUAUGCCAGUUUCAUCAUUCAAGGAGAAACUAGCUAAUGAUAUUGGUGUCCCAGUUGGUCAGCAACGACUGAUUUUCAGGGGCAAGGUGUUAAAGGAUGAUCACCCCCUUUCUGAAUAUCAUGUGGAGAAUGGGCAUACAUUGCAUUUGGUUGUAAGGCAGCCAACUCAGUCACAGCCUUCAUCUGAUACAAGCUCUGGGGAGACAAAUGGAAAUAGUGGUAAUCGAGGCAAUGAUGUCAAUGCUGGUGUCCCUCGUAACCGAGUUGGGCAAAUCUCACACAGUGUAGUUCUUGGUACUUUCAAUGUUGGGGAUCAAGGUGAAGGCAUUGUUCCAGACCUAUCUCGGGUUAUUGGGGCUGUUAUGAAUUCUCUUGGAGUAGGUGGCCAGUCCUCAAAUAAUGGCAGUAAUAAUGGCGUACAAUUCUCUGGUUUGUCAAAUACAUUGGGUCAGCCCCCACAAGGAAAUGAAACAGAUGGGAUAAGGGGCAAUGUUGGUAAUCAAAGCCAAUUAGGAUCACAAUCUGGACAGGCAUCUGGUCAACCAUUUCUAUCAUCACCUCAGGUUGUUCAAAUUCCCCUGACUGCAGCAGCUGUGCCGAUUCCUUCACUUCAUACGCCAAUUCCUGAUUCUUUAAAUACUCUCUCCGAGUUUAUGAACUGCAUGGAGCAGACGCUGUCUCAAAAUGGUUAUCAACCGAAUACAUCUUCAACAAGCGAUGAAGGUAUACCCAGAGUAGAACUUCCGUCCAAUGGACGGGGGUUGCCAACACCUGAAGCGUUGAGCAUUAUUUUGCGGCAUGCUCAGAGGCUUCUCAGUGGUCAUACUACUGCAGCACUAUCUCAUAUUGCAGGACGCUUGGAACAAGAGGGAGCUUCUUCAGAUCCAACUAUUAGGGGGCAAAUUCAGGCAGAAUCUGCACAAGUAGGCCUUGCGAUGCAACAUUUAGGUUCUCUUCUUUUAGAGCUUGGUCGUGUGAUUCUAACACUGCGUAUGGGACAAUCUCCUGCUGAAUCUUCUGUCAAUGCUGGACCUGCAGUUUAUAUAUCUCCAUCAGGGCCCAAUCCUAUAAUGGUUCAGCCUUUUCCUCUUCAAACGAGUUCUCUCUUUGGUGGUUCUGCUCCUUCUAAUACUCCAAGUCUUGGUCCUGUUGGUGUAGGAAAUGCCCCAAGGAACAUAAAUAUUCAUAUACAUGCUGGCACCGCAUUGGCACCUGUUGUUUCAGCUGUUGGUACUAGGGGAAGUAACGGGGAUGGAGUGCAGGGUGAACGCAGCAAUAAUACUGGUUCUGCUGAUUCAUCUGGUCCAGUUCCAUUGAGGAUGUUACCUGUCAGGAACGUCAUUGCAGCAGCUGUCCCAUCACGUCCUGCUGGCAUUGCAAUUUCCACUGGAACACAACCUGGUUUAGGAUUUUCUGUAUCUCCGCAACCUGCAAACUCUGUCUUGCUAUCCUCAGUUAUUAAUGAAGUCAAUUCGCAAAUUAGAAAUUUGGUAGGUAACAUGCAAGGAGAAAACCAGGUUUCAUCGGGUGAAGUGGAGUCAACUGUGCAGAACGUAUCUGGUGGAAACAAUACAGGUAAUGAUGUUGGCAAUGAGCAGCCUCAUAGCAUGCCAGUAAACAGAGUUGGUGAACUUAGUGUUUCCCAGGCUGGGGUGAUUCCCGAAAGUGAAGGUCAGAAGGUUCAACCUGAAUGCCAUCAAGUAAGGAAUAAUGAAGAUGCAUGGAGUGUCUUGAUCACAAAAGAUGGACCAACUUGUUCAGCAGAAGGCUCUUCAAGCUCUCUAAAUGAAGUGAAGUUGGAAGACACUUCAGAAAAUGCUUCUGGAUCCAGUGAAAAGCAAUGCCUUCCGGAGGGUGCUGAAACUGUCCCACUUGGAUUGGGGCUGGGUGGUCUAGAGCGCAAGGUGAAGCGAUUCAAGCCUUCAAAGACGCCGGUCAAGAGUGGUGAUGGAGGAACAAGCAGUGCUCCUCUCGAUCAGAAUACUUCUAGAGCUCUUGGCCAACAGCUUUUGCGAUCUCUCGCACCUUCUAGCUCUGGAAUGAGUAGGACAGACGCAAAUGACCCAUCCUCUGGUCAAUUACCCCUGGUUGGUAGGAUCAAGGAGAGUGGACAGUUAGGAGGGAAAGAUACCGAUGGCCAACUUGACACAUCCAGUACCGAUGGCCAACUUGACACAUCCAGUGCCAUGUCUCAGGUUCUAAGUAGCCCUGAGAUUAAUGGUUUAUUGUCAGGGUUUUCAGAGGAAACUGGGGUUGGUUCUCCAGAUGUCUUGAGAAAUAUGUUGCAACAGCUCACUCAGAGCCCCCAAAUCAUGAGUACUGUCAAUCAAAUUGCUCAGCAGAUUGAUGGCCAGGAUCUUGGAAACAUGUUUUCAGGAUUAGUAGGAGGGCAGGGUGGUGGCAUUGAUUUGUCAAGGAUGGUCCAACAGAUGAUGCCUGUCGUUUCUCAAGCUCUAGGUCGUGGGUCUGCUGCCCAUCAGCCGCUUUCUACUGCUCAGCAUGGUGAGAGGUCAACUGGAGUGGACAACUCAGAUAAUCAAAACUUUGAGAUUGGAAUUCAACAAGUGGCGCAGAGGAUUGAACACUGUGAUCCUCCUGAAGAAGUUUUCCGUGCUGUUGUUGAGAAUGCUAGUGUGUUGCAGCAAAAUGGAGCUAUACCUGGAGACCUUGUGGAUGAGUUGUGCAGUGACGAAGGUCUUGCACAUGAAUAUAUCGAGAUCCUACGGCAGGAUAUACAUCAACGGCUUCAGGGUGACUCUUGCCGGGACAAAUGCUAAAUUAUUAUUAUUUUUUUUUUUUUUGGUUGUUGAAAGGGAUAAUGGUUUCAUUAUGUGUUAUAGACCGUGUACCUCUUCUGGUACGCGGAAAUAUUUUGAAAAAUUCUUGUACAAAAUUAGGUUUGGGGCUUGAUUGGCCCGUAAAAUAUAGCUCAUUUGCAUAUUGAGUAUAUAACUUUUCACAUUUUGUAGCAAUUUAUUGUUUUUUUUAAUAUUAAUACAUUUUAUAACAUUUGAGUU